UUUUGUUUUUUAAUUGUUUACAAACUUUUUUCCACUAGUGUCAAGGACAGUGUGACAGCAGCCAAUCAAAUCAUGCCAAAUGCACACACCCUCCGAACAUCGAUAAACAACUCCGAUUCGGCUUGCGGAAGCGAUUUUACCUCAGAUUGUGACAUACAACCAUGCCAUCCUUUCCACAGUACCUAACUGCUGAGCAGGAGAUUGAACUCCACAGAAUUGCUAAGGCCAUUGUGGCUCCAGGAAAAGGGAUUCUGGCAGCUGAUGAGUCUACUGGAACGAUGGGUAAGAGAUUUGCUCCUAUUGGAGUAGAGAACUCUGAGGAGAACAGACGGCGAUACAGAGAGCUGCUGUUCUCAGCUGACAAGUCUGUCGCAGAAAACAUCAGCGGUGUUAUUCUGUUCCACGAGACAUUCUACCAAAGUACGAAGGAGGGCAUUCCAUUUGUCAAAGUUUUGAAGGAUAAAGGAAUCAUUCCUGGAAUCAAGGUUGACAAAGGAGUUGUCCCCCUUGCAGGCACAGAUGGAGAAAGUACCACACAAGGUCUAGAUGGUAUGUCUGAGCGGUGUGCACAAUAUAAGAAGGAUGGAGCAGAUUUUGCCAAGUGGAGAUGUGUUCUCAAGAUUGGCUCCCACACGCCAUCUUAUCAGGCAAUGCUGGAGAAUGCUAAUGUCCUGGCCCGGUAUGCUAGUAUCUGUCAACAGAACGGUCUGGUUCCAAUAGUUGAACCCGAGGUGUUGUGUGAUGGAGACCAUGAUUUAGAAACAGCACAGAAAGUUACAGAACAGGUUCUAGCAUUUACUUACAAAGCUCUGGCAGAUCACCACGUUUUCCUGGAGGGAACUUUACUGAAGCCCAAUAUGGUCACUGCGGGUCAGUCUUGUACCAAGAAAUACACAGCAGAGCAGAAUGGUAAAGCCACGGUGCUGGCUCUAAGUCGGGGGGUACCUGCAGCUGUCCCAGGUAUCACCUUCCUGUCGGGUGGGCAAUCUGAGGAAGAUUCUACCCUCAAUCUGAAUGCCAUAAAUCUCUGCCCAGGUCCCAAGCCUUGGGCACUGUCUUUCUCCUUUGGGCGAGCUCUACAGGCCUCAGUGCUGAAGGCCUGGCAAGGCAAGGAUGAAAAUUUGAAAGCAGCUCAAGAGCAGCUCCUUACCCGGGCUAAGGCAAAUGGUCUGGCUGCGGUGGGUAAAUACCAGGGUGGAGGAGCUGGCAAAGCUUCAGGGGAGUCCCUGUUUGUGGCGGAUCACCGUUAUUAGAAACUACAGCAACAGAAUAGACAUUUUUAUUCAUAGCAUUGGGCAAUACUAGAUUUAAUGCUUUAAACCUCUAUAUACAUGUACGCUUGUUCUGCAACUUCACAUCUGAACAUUACGUCUCGGCAAUAAUUACAAUUGUACUCAUUACAUUCUAGUAGUACAACAUGCAUUUACACAUGGAACUCAUUCAUUUUAAUUUCAUGUAACGAAUGAGUGAUGUGUUGAUGUACGAAGGUGUAAUAAUAGUUUGAUUUCCAACUGAUCUCAGGUCACCACACUGCAUAUUGAAGUUUGCAGUGCAUUGCCAUGCAUACAGUCAUUUAUAAACACACCAUACUGCAGACUUCCUGUUUGAAUGUGAUUGUCAGUGGUACUAAGUAUCACUGCUACUUCCAUUGUCUUAUUUUUAUGAUUGUGGACCAUGUGUUUAGAUGUAACAUUACUAUGUGGGAUGAAUAUUAAAAUCUAUGACAUACUGAAGUGUGUGCUGCUGUGUAUAGAUUAUCUAAUUUGUAGUUUUAGAUAAAGAUUACAAUUGUA